AUCAGAUCUGACACAUCUCAACUCUCAUCACACACACACGCAGACACACCGAGCCGCGGCCUCUCCUCGGGCUUGUCCGCGCAGAUCAGCAUCUUACAUCGGUUUAAAACAGCGCGAGCAGCCGCCGGUUCGAGCGGGACUGGAGCCGAGGAGCGCGUGCCGCCGCCCCGACCGCCGUGUGACGGUUCACCGCCUCCGGUACCGAGCGUUACCGCGCCGCCCCGCGCCGUGCGUGACCCCGGGGACAGCUGCCGAGAUUAGCAGGAAGAGACGCGGAGCGGCGUCGCCAUGGCCGGAGGACCGAGCCCCCCCGGGCUGCUCGUGCUGCUGUGUGUGCUCUGGCACCGCGGAGGAGCCUUCAACCUGGACGCGGACCAGCCGCUGGUCUACUCCGGGCCCCCGGGCAGCUACUUCGGCUUCUCCGUGGACUUCUUCAAGGCGCCCGACAACCGAAAUUCGGACGUGCUGAUCGGAGCUCCUCGAGCCAACACCAGCGCCGGCGCCGUGUUGGAGAGAGGCGCCGUCUACAGCUGCCCCUGGAGGAGCUCUGCCGCCUGCCGCCAGCUGCAGUUCGACCAGGAAGAUGACAGGGUGAGCUCAGAAGGAGUCCAGAUGGAGUUUAAAUCCAAGCAGUGGUUCGGAGCAUCGGUCCGAUCUGACGGAGAACACAUCCUGGCCUGCGCUCCUCUGUACCAGUGGUCCACCUUCGGCGUCUCUGAGCGCGAGCCGGUGGGGACGUGCUACCUGAAGAAAGGAGACACCGUGGUGGAGUACUCGCCCUGCAGAUCCAACGCCAACUCCCCAGAGGGACAGGGCUUCUGCCAGGCUGGCUUCAGCGCCGGCUUUCUGAAGAAGAACAACAGGGUGGUGGUGGGAGGACCUGGAAGCUUCUACUGGCAGGGCCAGCUGAUCUCUGACGACGUCUCUGAGAUCCUUAACCGCUUCGAUCAGAAAUACAUCACUCCCUACGGGAAAACGCUCACCACCAAGUCAGCUGCCGCUCAGUACGACGACAGCUACCUGGGAUACUCCGUCACAGUUGGGGAUUUCAACGACGACGGAAACGAAGACUAUGUGACUGGAGUACCCCGAGGGGACAAGGCGCUGGGUUAUGUGAACAUCUUCAACGGCCUCAACAUGGAGUCCAUGGUCAACUUCACCGGCACUCAGAUGGCGGCUUACUUUGGACACUCGGUGGCUGCUUCAGACGUCAACAACGACGGCCUGAUGGAUUUGUUGGUGGGAGCUCCUCUCUUCAUGGACCGAGGCUCAGACGGGAAACUGAGGGAGGUUGGACAGGUGUCUGUGUAUCUGAGCCGAGGAGGAUUCUCCUUCCACUCACCCCAGCUGCUGACUGGAACCGAGGUCUACGCCCGGUACGGCUCUUCCAUCGCGGCUCUGGGAGACGUGGACAUGGACGGCUUCAACGACGUGGCUAUCUCUGCCCCGUACGGCGGUCCUGACCACCACGGGUUGAUCUACAUACACAACGGCCGCCCCCAGGGGCCCGACUCCACGCCGUCCCAGGUUCUGCAGGGGAAGUGGGCGUCCAGCUAUAUGCCCGCAAGCUUCGGAUACUCGAUGACUGGAGACACUGACAUUGAUCAGAAUGGAUAUCCUGAUUUAAUAGUGGGAGUGUUUGGAGCAGACAAAGCAGUUUUAUACAGAGCCCGUCCAGUCAUCACGGUCAACGCCACGCUGGACAUCACGCCACAGAUCAUCAACCCGGACGAGAAGACCUGCAAGCUGCAGGACAGCAAUACAGACGUGUCAUGCUUUAAGGUGAAGUACUGUCUGAAAGCCAGCGGCCGCGGAGCUCCAUCCACCCUCAGUUUCCAGGUGGACCUCACGCUGGACCGGCUGAAGCAGAAGGAGUCCACCAAGCGCGUCCUCUUCCUGUUCGGCCGGACCUUCCAGUACACCAAGAACAUGAUGGUGACCAAUGGCGGGAGGCCCACCUGCGAGGAGCAGACGGUCUUCCUGAGGGACGAUCGCGAGUUCCGGGACAAAAUCACUCCCAUCUCGGUGGCCAUGGAGUACUCGCUGGACCUGCAGCUGGCGGCCGACCAGACGGGCCUGCAGCCCAUCGUGGACAUGUCGACGCCGUCCAACGUCACCAAGCAGGCUCAUAUCUUGCUGGACUGUGGAGACGAUAACAUCUGUAAACCCGACCUCCGGCUGUCGGUGAAGAGCGAUCGGGAGCAGAUCUACAUCGGAGACGAUAACGCCCUCACUCUGGAGGUCAGCGCCGAGAACCAGGGCGAGGGGGCGUACGAGGCCGAGCUGCACGUCUACCCCCCGCAGCAGGCCGACUUCACCGGGGUGGUGCGCAGUCAGGCCCUCAGCAGGCUGUCCUGUGCCUACAAGAAGGAGAACGGCACCAAGAUGGUGGUGUGUGACCUGGGGAACCCCAUGAAAGGAGGAACCAAGGUGCUGGCUGAGCUGCGGUUCAGCGUCCACCAGCUGUCCGAGGAAGACACGUCCGUCAGCUUCGACCUGCAGAUCGUCAGCUCCAACCAGUUCGACAACACCAGUCCUCGAGUGUCCAGCGUCACCAAGCUGGCCGUGCUCGCUAAAGUCUCCAUCCGAGGGUCUUCGUCUCCUGGCCAGGUGCUGCUCCCCAUCGCCAACUGGAAACCCAGAGAGCCUCCGGUGGUGGGGGACGACAUCGGACCGCAGAUCGUCCACGUCUACGAGCUCCUGAACAACGGGCCCAGCACGUUCAGCAAGGCGGCGCUGGAGGUGGAGUGGCCGUACCAGUACCGCAACGGCUCGCUGCUCUACAUCACCAGCUACGAGACGGAGGGGCCCAUCAACUGCACCACCGACGUGGAGAUCAACGCCCUCAACGUGUCGACCCCGCUCACCUCCCAGAAGAACAACGGUUCGAUUCCACCCCGGGAGCGAGAGACGGAGGGACGCAACCGGAACCACGUCCGAAAGAGAGACCUGGAGACCAGAGACUCGCUGGGGGACCUGUACACACUGGAUUGCACGACAGCGGAGUGUCUGCGGCUGAAGUGUCAGGUGGGACGGCUGGAAAGGAGGAAGAAUGCCAUCCUCUUCAUCUACUCCAGACUGGCUGUCAACAACUUCCUCCGGGCCGAGAACCAGAACCGUUCCUACGUGGUUCGGUCCACCGCCUCCUUCAGCGUCAUCGAGAUGCCGUACAAAAACAUGGCGUCGGAGCUGCCGUCCAACAGCACGACCGUGAGCGUGUCGGUGAUCUGGGUGGUGGACUCUGCCCAGCCGGUCCCGGGCUGGGUGGUGGCUCUGGCCGUCCUGGCAGGACUGCUGCUGCUGGCGCUGCUCAUCUUCAUCAUGUACAAGCUGGGCUUCUUCAAGCGAGUGCGCCCCCCGCAGGAGGACUGCACCGAGAAGGAGCAGCUGCAGCCGGAGGAGAACGGCAACACCGACGCCUAGAGGUCAAAGUGCAAAUAACUGAAACCAGGGUAAAAAAAAAAAAGAAAAGCAAAGAAAAAAAAAAAGCCUGAGAGAGAUUUUCACUGUAUUGAUGGGAGAUGAGAUGAGAGAA